GCGCAGUGGUUUUUUAAAUAACACGAUUUGGUGAAGUUUUUUCCAAAUAACUCGAUCAAAAUGCCCCGAAUAAACAUCAAAGGGGGUGUGUGGCGAAACACCGAGGAUGAGAUCCUGAAGGCAGCUGUUAUGAAAUAUGGCAAGAAUCAAUGGGCCCGUAUUGCUUCAUUGCUUCAUAGGAAAUCUGCAAAACAGUGUAAAGCAAGAUGGUAUGAAUGGUUGGAUCCAAGUAUCAAGAAGACGGAGUGGAGUCGCGAGGAGGAGGAGAAACUACUCCAUCUGGCCAAGUUGAUGCCAACGCAGUGGAGGACCAUAGCUCCUAUCAUUGGGAGGACAGCCGCACAGUGUUUAGAACACUAUGAAUAUCUCUUGGAUAAAGCUCAGCAGCGCGACCAGGAUAUGGCCGAGGACGAUCCCCGCAAGCUGAAGCCCGGAGAAAUUGACCCAAACCCAGAAACCAAACCAGCCAGGCCUGAUCCAGUCGACAUGGAUGAAGAUGAGCUUGAGAUGUUGUCUGAAGCGAGGGCAAGGUUGGCCAACACACAGGGUAAGAAGGCAAAGAGAAAGGCCAGAGAGAAACAGCUGGAGGAAGCUCGACGACUUGCUGCAUUACAGAAAAGAAGGGAAUUGCGGGCUGCUGGAAUCGAAAUCAAGAAACAGCGUAAGAAGAAGAGGGGAGUUGAUUACAAUGCAGAGAUUCCUUUUGAGAAGAAACCAGCUUCAGGUUUCUAUGACACAUCGAGUGAAGUGUAUGAUCCCCUUGACCCCAACUUCAAGCGACUUCGACAGCAGAAUCUGGAAGGAGAUCGACGGAAGGAGACUGAAGAGAAAGACAGACGGAAAGACAAACAGAGGCUGAAGAAACGCAAGGAGAACGACCUGCCUGGGGCAAUCAUGAACCAAAAUCAAUUCGCCGAACCUGUGAAAAAGCGGAGCAAACUUGUUCUUCCCACGCCGCAGAUCUCUGAAGAGGAAUUGGAGGAGGUGGUGAAGGUUGGUCAGGCUAGUGAGUUGGCGCGACAACACGCGGAAGAGAGUGGUAUCAAAGAUGGCGCCUCCCAGCACCUGUUGUCUGAUUAUUCUGUGACGCCCGGGAUGAACUUCAGGACACCGCGGACACCCGCUCAACAGGACACCAUACUUCAGGAAGCGCAGAACAUCAUGGCUCUGACGAAUGUGGAUACCCCACUGAAAGGCGGACUGAACACGCCAAUUCACGAGAGUGAUUUCAGUGGCGUCACCCCCAAGCAUCAUAUGGCCGCGACACCUAACACUAUGUUGACACCGUUCAGGACUCCUGGACAAGAUGGUAUGACUCCCCAAGCCUAUGCCACGCCUGGCCAAGCUGGCCAGACACCUCUAAGGACACCUGUAAGAGACAAGCUCAGCAUCAAUCCGGAUGAUGAGUUCGAUAGCCAGUUCUCGAGGAUGCACCAGCAAGAGACAUUGAAGAGUAGCUUGGCGGGUCUGCCAGCCCCUCGGAAUGAUUAUGAGAUCGUACUACCUGACCAGGAGAGCAUGGAAAUGAACGAUGGCGCAGAUCACAUGGGAUAUGUUGAGGAUCAGGCUGACAUCGAUGCCAGAAGAGAGGAGGAGCUGGCAGCCAUCAGAGCUGCCGAGAUGAAACGCCGACCCCAGGCUGUACAGAGAGACUUUCCACGUCCUCUUGAUGUGAACAUGUCUGUCUUGCGACCGAUGCACGCCCCUGAUGCUCCUCUCACCGACUUGCAGAAGGCUGAAGAGUUGAUCAAGCGAGAGAUGGUGAUCAUGCUCCACAACGAUGCUGUCUUCUCUCCGACCACUGCCCAACAAGGCCUAUUGCCCGGUGUCAAGAAGCAGGCGUCACAGAAAACGAUAGUAAAUCAGGCACAACAUAUUGCAUUCCUUGAACAGCAUCCAUUUGAGGACAUGGUAGAUGAUGAACUGGUUGUUGCCAGAGACAUGCUAAAACGUGAAAUGGAUGUUGUGAUGCGCGGUAUGAAACAUGGUGACCUGUCGUUGGAGUCGUACAGCCAGGUGUGGGAGGAGUGUUACUCCCAGGUUCUCUACCUACCUGGUCAGAAUAAGUACACGCGAGCAAACUUGGCAAGUAAAAAGGAUAGGAUAGAAUCUCUCGAUAAGAGACUUGAGGUCAAUCGUGGCCAUAUGACCAAAGAAGCGAAAAGGGCUGCCAAGUUAGAAAAAAAGUUAAAGAUUUUAUUGGGUGGCUAUCAGUCGCGUGCCCAGGGUCUGAUAAAACAACUCCACACGCUUUACGAGCAAGUCGAACAGGCAAAUAUAGAACUGAACACAUUCGAUAACUUACGGCAACAUGAAAUCGGAGCCAUUCCUAAACGGUUGGAAAGUUUAACAGAGGAUGUCCAUCGGCAAACCGAGCGUGAAAAUGAACUGCAGAAACAAUUUGGUGAACUUGGAAGCAUUAAGGAGGACUUGCUUCGUCAGAGUGGCGUGGAAGGUUAACGACUUAUUAUACCAGUCGUCAACUUAGAAUUACAUGUUCUGACUUUCUGCAUGAGAUAUGAUUAGUAUACAUGCGACAGUGUUCUGAUGACUAGCAUAAGAAUCAGUGACGACAGCAGAAAAAUUACCAGAAUUGAAGUUAGAGACCUACAAUUCCAAGGCGCCGCAGUGUGUAAAAUGUAUGACAUGUAAAACAUGGUUUGAACUCGACUUAACAGAGGCAUUGUAAGGUUUGGCCGCUGCCGUGUUCAUGCUUGGAGAUGUUGGUUGAGAACAGUCCCUACAAUGACUUGGAUGUACUAUUGUCCUCUGAUUGUGUUCAUCUUUAAUUCAGUUUGGAGCUAGAAACCAAUGAUUAAAAACAACAACUUUGAUGUCAUAACAUAAGUAUUUUAUUUCAAAAUAUCAAACAUCCCAAUCAUGCAUUGCAUAAUAUCAAAUCUCUUCAUUUUUGAUCAAUUAGAGCACAAAUCAGUCACAUUUCAACAUGUCAAUCAAUUUAAAACAAUCAAUCGGGUGAAUUCACAAAUUAUCAAGAAUUGCUAAUACAUACCUUGUUACUUAAAACCCUCAAAUUUAUCUACAAUUUUAUUUUCAAUAGAAUAGGUUUUUAGGUACACAUUUUGUACAUGCAUAAAAAACUAAGUGGGCCUUGUUAGUUGUUUAAAGUCAUUGGUGAAAAUUCUGAAGCAAAAAAUUUCCGUAAGAAAUAUUUUGUUACUCUCUGGUUGCGACUUUGGUCAUCGGACAGUUAGGUAUUAAUUUGAUUCUUUAGAGGAAAUCUAUCAAUAUUGUGAGUAACCAUACAUUAGUAUAACGUUCUUGAUUUGUUGAAUAAGCAAUAAGACAGGCAUGUGACUUUCCUUAGUACAUGUAUGUCAUCACAUUACUUUCUUUUGAAAUAGUUUUUGGAGAAGACAAUGGACUACAUUGAGAUUGACUAGUUGAUACAACAAAGUUGACUAUCUGAUAUUUAAAGUUAUACGAACAAGUUAAAAGUGAAUAUUUUUCUGACUGUCCUUAUGGCGUUUUUGACGAGGAAGCCAUACAGUUAGUAAAAAACAUAAAGUUGACUUUGAGGCUGUCUUCAACCGAUAAAAAUAUUACAUACAAAUCCACCACAUGUAAUGACGCUUCAAGCUAUUCACCUUCAAAAACAACCAUCAUUUUGAAGUGAAAAAAAUAGGUUUUUCUCGUGAGGGAAAUGCUCAAAAACGGUGCUCUAUUAUGCUCGGCGCCCCUUUCUCAUAAUCCUGGAUCCGCCCCUGCAGAAGGCCUAUAUUAUGUGCAAUAGGUCUGUAUAAAACAGUUGCACCAAAAGUGGCCAAAGAGUGUCUACACGGUAUAAUGACAUGUUCAAAUUUAAUUUCAAAAUUCAAAUUUGAUGAAUUUAAAUGAAAUGGACUGAAAUGUCUUGUACAAGAAACCAAUAGAAAAUAUGAAAUACCCAGGAAAGUUUGUCAUGUUUAAAAGACUGUUUUGGUCACAGAAGAGACAUCUAUUAGUCCUUCCAUAAAAAUAGAGUGGCGUAGAGGAUAUCACUUGAGAUUCUGUAGCACAUAAAAUAGUGCAACAAUAAUGGUCAAUACAACAAGAGCUUCUAGGGGUAACCUGUAAGAUUAUUCAACAUAUAUUUCAUUAGUGGUAUUGAGACAGAAAUGGUUAAUUUUUGUUCAUAAACGCAUGAAAAGGAAUUAAGAUAAGCAGUUUAGAUUUUCAGGUGGUCCAUGUCUGUUUGAUAGUUUAACCAGCUGCAAUACAAAAAUGAGACUAAAUCUUUGCGUGUGAAAUCACAGCGAGUUCCAAAUCCUCUGUGAAUGUUUGUGAGAAGAUGAAAAUACAUGGAUUAGGGAGACUUGUCCUGAGCUAUUGAGCUGAUAGAGACAGGAAUUGCAUUGAUCUUCAGUCAUUAAACGCCAGUAUUUAACCCUUUAACUGCUGAAGCUGUUUUUGAAAGGCUAGCUUGAAACAGACUUCCUCGAAACCACCAUAGAAACCAUCACCUGCACGCCACCUAUCAGUAGAGGGGACAAUCUUGUAUAUGAAACUCAAUGGUGAAUAACACAUAGGCACUUGUUACAAUUCGGCGAUGGUGGCAGUUAAAGGGUUAAAACAGACAUUAUUUUGAAUGAUGUUGCAUCAUUUGUUCGUUUUAUAAUAGCAGUACACUGAAUGAAUAAAUAAGUUACACGUGAAAUCACGUCUUUUUCAGGUUUUUGGCGUCAGUGUUUUAAUACCGAGUAUGAAAUUUUAAAUAAGGGGGUAAUAUUCAUCAGCUUGAUAUAGGAUCAAUUCCCUUAAGUUGCUUUAACUGGCAUCAUGUUAAUAUCACAUAUUUAAUCAACUGUGUUAUCAUUUUGAAUGAAGUGUGUAUAGUGGAGGUAUCGCUUGGGAACUAGGAAGGUUGUCCAAAAAAAUUGGAACGUGUGAAUAUCAGAUUGACGACUGUUGAAGUAAUAAUAAUACGUUACAUAGAAAAGAGUUGACCUUUUGUGCUAGAGUAACACCUCUAACUUCUUGGGAGUAACUCAGCCAGAAAAUACAGUUUGCUCCUUUCUUUGGUACAAGGUACCUGAUUCAAUAAAAUUUAACAGCCAGCAGGUGGUACACUAUUACCAAGUACCGGUUCAGCCAAGUAGUGGUGCCCUCAUAUGACUAGUAAGAAAGGUGAAGUCCUAUGUUUUGCCCACUGUCAUCGUUCUGUUCGAUUUCCUUUCAUUUGUUUCAACUGUUGUUGUCGUUUUCUCAGUUUCUCGAUAUUCUGUAAAAGCAGUUUAUCGUUUGGCUGUAUCUUCUGAGCUGCUGUGUAAUGAUGCUGGGCUUUCUCUAAGUUAUCCUCCAUGUGGUAGAGUACUCCCAAGUUGAGAUGGGUUUGGAAUUGACCAGGAUCUAAUUUCUCCAGCUCUUCAUACGUCUUAAAGAGAAAGAACACUAUUAAAGGAUCUUAUUCCUCAAAUGUGAUGAGGUGAAUGUCUAAGGUGUUUGAAAAUGUAUUUUCUCGGGUCCUCAAAGAUUUGAGAGGUCUGUUAGAUAACUGGUUGUGCUUGUCAGCUGUGAGGCUACAAUGGGACUUGCACUGCUACAGCGAGGCACAUGAGUCCACUCACCGUGAUAGCCAGUUUGAAUUCCUUGGAAUCUUUCAGAUGGUUGCCCUUGUCCUGGUAAAGGCCAACUAGUGUUGCUUUAUCUCCAUCCCUAUUAGCUAUAACUUUGAUGGCUUUGUCAAGAAUAACCAGCGCCUGAAAACAUUUGAAGAAUGUUAUGUCUAAAUAAAAGCGAUGAUCCUAUUUGUUGGCUCUAAUGACCGCUUAGGAAUUCCAAACCCAAAUUGUAAUUGAAUAGCACCGAAACUUAUUUGCCUUGAGCAUAUUUUUGGCUUGCCUCGUGUUCACCUCUUUUUCAUGUACCACCAAAUAAAAACGAUUAUCAUUAAUACACACCUCUUGAUGUCUUUUCAUGAGCCCAUAGACGAUAGCAAGAUUCUUCAAUGCCUCAAUACUCUCUGGUCUAUGUUCUAGGACUUCUUUCAGCAGUUUUUCAGCAGUACUUGGUUCAUAUAAACUAGCUAAGGUGGAAGCCUUGAAAAGAAGAAAAAGUGUCAAACAACAAAUUGUAACAAUUGAUAUGUAAUUUCAACGAUGAAUAAAGCAUUUGAUUACAGAAA